AUGUUGAAAAUUAAGUCGAUACAGGAGUUCUUGAAUGAGGAUAACAAUAGAGAAUACUUGAUUCAAGGACAAUUCAGGCAACCAUCUCGAAAGAUCGACCAUAGUUUCGAUAAAGAGACUGCAUACUUGAUGGCCAGCAGUUUAGAUGGAGGUGAAGAUUUUGUGACCAAACAACUGCAGGAGAUCAGAAAAGCAUCGCCUGCGUUAUUACUUUGUAGUGUCGGAGCAGGCGUCAAAGAAAUUCAACAUAACGCAUUUUUGAACAUCAAUUCAAACAAUCAAUUAGUCAAUUGCCCUGAAAUCAGAAAUAUUGAUUUCACAUUGUGGAUAGAUGACUCAUGCUGUGACACAGACAACGCUGCCACUACUGAGUCUGUCGUCGAAGAAGUGACCACCGAAGAUGAUGCUUGUGAUUCAUCCGUCACUGCCACUGAGGCGGACAGCAGUAUUGUCGUUACCACUGAGGUCUCUGACGUCACCACUGAUGCUGCAACGGAAUCAGAAACCACUGUCGCUUCCACUACUGAGACUGGCGUCGAAGAAGUGACCACCGAAGCUGAUGCUUCUUCCACCACUGCCACUGAGGCGGACAGCACUGUAGUCGUUACCACUGAGGUCUCUGACGUCACCACUGAUGCUGCAACGGAAUCAGAAACCACUGUCGCUUCCACUACUGAGUCUGGCGUCGAAGGAGUGACCACCGAAGCUGAUGCUUCUUCCACCACUGCCACUGAGGCGGACAGCACUGUAGUCGUUACCACUGAGGUCUCUGACGUCACCACUGAUGCGGCAACGGAAUCAGAAACCACUGUCGCUUCCACUACUGAGACUGGCGUCGAAGAAGUGACCACCGAAGAUGAUGCUUGUGAUUCAUCCGUCACUGCCACUGAGGCGGACAGUAGUAUUGUCGUUACCACGGAGGUCUCUGACGUCACCACUGAUGCUGCAACGGAAUCAGAAACCACUGUCGCUUCCACUACUGAGACUGGCGUCGAAGAAGUGUCCACCGAAGCUGAUGCUUGUGAUUCAUCCACCACUGCCACUGAAGCGGACAGCAUUGUAGUCGUUACCACUGAGGUCUCUCACAUCACCACUGAUGCUGCAACAGAAUCAGAAACCACUGUCGCUUCCACUACUGAGUCUGGCGUCGAAGGAGUGACCACCGAAGCUGAUGCUUCUUCCACCACUGCCACUGAGGCGGACAGCACUGUAGUCGUUACCACUGAGGUCUCUGACGUCACCACUGAUGCUGCAACGGAAUCAGAAACCACUGUCGCUUCCACUACUGAGUCUGGCGUCGAAGAAGUGACCACCGAAACUGAUGCUUCUUCCACCACUACCACUGAUGCCGACAGCAUUGUAGUCGUUACCACUGAGGUCUCUGACGUCACCACUGAUGCUGCAACGGAAUCAGAAACCACUGUCGCUUCCACUACUGAGUCUGGCGUCGAAGGAGUGACCACCGAAGCUGAUGCUUCUUCCACCACUACCACUGAGGCCGACAGCAUUGCAGUCGUUACCACUGAGGUCCCUGACGUCACCACUGAUGCUGCAACGGAAUCAGAAACCACUGUCGCUUCCACUACUGAGUCUGGCGUCGAAGAAGUGUCCACCGAAGCUGAUGCCUCUGAUUUAUCCACCACUACCACUGAGGCGGACAGCACUGUAGUCGUUACCACUGAGGUCUCUGACGUUACCACUGAUGCUGCAACGGAAUCAGAAACCACUGUCGCUUCCACUACUGAGUCUGGCGUCGAAGGAGUGACCACCGAAGCUGAUGCCUCUGAUUCAUCCACCACUACCACUGAGGCGGACAGCAUUGUAGUCGUUACCACUGAGGUCUCUGACGUCACCACUGAUGCUGCAACGGAAUCAGAAACCACUGUCGCUUCCACUACUGAGUCUGGCGUCGAAGGAGUGACCACCGAAGCUGAUGCUUCUUCCACCACUGCCACUGAGGCGGACAGCACUGUAGUCGUUACCACUGAGGUCUCUGACGUCACCACUGAUGCUGCAACGGAAUCAGAAACCACUGUCGCUUCCACUACUGAGUCUGGCAUCGAAGGAGUGACCACCGAAGCUGAUGCCUCUGAUUCAUCCACCACUACCACUGAGGCCGACAGCAUUGUAGUCGUUACCACUGAGGUCUCUGACGUCACCACUGAUGCUGCAACGGAAUCAGAAACCACUGUCGCUUCCACUACCGAGUCUGGCGUCGAAGGAGUGACCACCGAAGCUGAUGCUUCUUCCACCACUGCCACUGAGGCGGACAGCACUGUAGUCGUUACCACUGAGGUCUCUGACGUCACCACUGAUCCUGCAACGGAAUCAGAAACCACUGUCGCUUCCACUACCGAGUCUGGCGUCGAAGGAGUGACCACCGAAGCUGAUGCUUCUUCCACCACUACCACUGAGGCCGACAGCACUGUAGUCGUUACCACUGAGGUCUCUGACGUCACCACUGAUGCUGCAACGGAAUCAGAAACCACUGUCGCUUCCACUACCGAGUCUGGCGUCGAAGGAGUGACCACCGAAGCUGAUGCUUCUUCCACCACUACCACUGAGGCCGACAGCACUGUAGUCGUUACCACUGAGGUCUCUGACGUCACCACUGAUGCUGCAACGGAAUCAGAAACCACUGUCGCUUCCACUACUGAGUCUGGCGUCGAAGAAGUGUCCACCGAAGCUGAUGCCUCUGAUUCAUCCACCACUACCACUGAGGCCGACAGCAUUGUAGUCGUUACCACUGAGGUCUCUGACGUCACCACUGAUGCUGCAACGGAAUCAGAAACCACUGUCGCUUCCACUACCGAGUCUGGCGUCGAAGGAGUGACCACCGAAGCUGAUGCUUCUUCCACCACUGCCACUGAGGCGGACAGCACUGUAGUCGUUACCACUGAGGUCUCUGACGUCACCACUGAUGCUGCAACGGAAUCAGAAACCACUGUCGCUUCCACUACUGAGUCUGGCGUCGAAGGAGUGACCACCGAAGCUGAUGCUUCUUCCACCACUGCCACUGAGGCGGACAGCACUGUAGUCGUUACCACUGAGGUCUCUGACGUCACCACUGAUGCUGCAACGGAAUCAGAAACCACUGUCGCUUCCACUACCGAGUCUGGCGUCGAAGGAGUGACCACCGAAGCUGAUGCUUCUUCCACCACUGCCACUGAGGCGGACAGCACUGUAGUCGUUACCACUGAGGUCUCUGACGUCACCACUGAUCCUGCAACGGAAUCAGAAACCACUGUCGCUUCCACUACUGAGUCUGGCGUCGAAGAAGUGUCCACCGAAGCUGAUGCCUCUGAUUCAUCCACCACUACCACUGUGGCCGACAGCAUUGUAGUCGUUACCACUGAGGUCUCUGACGUCACCACUGAUGCUGCAACGGAAUCAGAAACCACUGUCGCUUCCACUACCGAGUCUGGCGUCGAAGGAGUGACCACCGAAGCUGAUGCUUCUUCCACCACUGCCACUGAGGCGGACAGCACUGUAGUCGUUACCACUGAGGUCUCUGACGUCACCACUGAUCCUGCAACGGAAUCAGAAACCACUGUCGCUUCCACUACCGAGUCUGGCGUCGAAGGAGUGACCACCGAAGCUGAUGCUUCUUCCACCACUACCACUGAGGCCGACAGCACUGUAGUCGUUACCACUGAGGUCUCUGACGUCACCACUGAUGCUGCAACGGAAUCAGAAACCACUGUCGCUUCCACUACUGAGUCUGGCGUCGAAGAAGUGUCCACCGAAGCUGAUGCCUCUGAUUCAUCCACCACUACCACUGAGGCCGACAGCAUUGUAGUCGUUACCACUGAGGUCUCUGACGUCACCACUGAUGCUGCAACGGAAUCAGAAACCACUGUCGCUUCCACUACCGAGUCUGGCGUCGAAGGAGUGACCACCGAAGCUGAUGCUUCUUCCACCACUGCCACUGAGGCGGACAGCACUGUAGUCGUUACCACUGAGGUCUCUGACGUCACCACUGAUGCUGCAACGGAAUCAGAAACCACUGUCGCUUCCACUACUAAGUCUGGCGUCGAAGGAGUGACCACCGAAGCUGAUGCUUCUUCCACCACUGCCACUGAGGCGGACAGCACUGUAGUCGUUACCACUGAGGUCUCUGACGUCACCACUGAUGCUGCAACGGAAUCAGAAACCACGGUCGCUUCCACUACUGAGUCUGGCGUCGAAGAAGUAACCACCGAAACUGAUGCUUCUUCCACCACUACCACUGAGGCCGACAGCAUUGUAGUCGUUACCACUGAGGUCUCUGACGUCACCACUGAUGCUGCAACGGAAUCAGAAACCACUGUCGCUUCCACUACCGAGUCUGGCGUCGAAGGAGUGACCACCGAAGCUGAUGCUUCUUCCACCACUACCACUGAGGCGGACAGCACUGUAGUCGUUACCACUGAGGUCUCUGACGUCACCACUGAUGCUGCAACGGAAUCAGAAACCACUGUCGCUUCCACUACUGAGUCUGGCGUCGAAGAAGUAACCACCGAAAUUGAUGCUUCUUCCACCACUACCACUGAGGCCGACAGCACUGUAGUCGUUACCACUGAGGUCUCUGACGUCACCACUGAUGCUGCAACGGAAUCAGAAACCACUGUCGCUUCCACUACUGAGUCUGGCGUCGAAGAAGUAACCACCGAAACUGAUGCUUCUUCCACCACUACCACUGAGGCCGACAGCAUUGUAGUCGUUACCACUGAGGUCUCUGACGUCACCACUGAUGCUGCAACGGAAUCAGAAACCACUGUCGCUUCCACUACUGAGUCUGGCGUCGAAGGAGUGACCACCGAAGCUGAUGCUUCUUCCACCACUGCCACUGAAGUGGACAGCACUGUAGUCGUUACCACUGAGGUCUCUGACGUCACCACUGAUGCUGCAACGGAAUCAGAAACCACUGUCGCUUCCACUACUGAGUCUGGCGUCGAAGGAGUGACCACCGAAGCUGAUGCUUCUUCCACCACUGCCACUGAGGCGGACAGCACUGUAGUCGUUACCACUGAGGUCUCUGACGUCACCACUGAUGCUGCAACGGAAUCAGAAACCACUGUCGCUUCCACUACUGAGUCUGGCGUCGAAGAAGUCUCUGACGUCACCACUGAUGCUGCAACGGAAUCAGAAACCACUGUCGCUUCCACUACUGAGUCUGGCGUCGAAGGAGUGACCACCGAUGCUGAUGCCUCUGAUUCAUCCACCACUACCACUGAGGCCGACAGCAUUGUAGUCGUUACCACUGAGUCUGUCGUCGAAGGAGUGACCACCGAAGCUGAUGCUUCUUCCACCACUGCCACUGAGGCGGACAGCACUGUAGUCGUUACCACUGAGGUCUCUGACGUCACCACUGAUGCUGCAACGGAAUCAGAAACCACUAUCGCUUCCACUACUGAGUCUGACGUCGAAGGAGUGACCACCGAAGCUGAUGCUUCUUCCACCACUGCCACUGAGGCGGACAGCACUGUAGUCGUUACCACUGAGGUCUCUGACGUCACCACUGAUGCUGCAACGGAAUCAGAAACCACUGUCGCUUCCACUACUGAGUCUGGCGUCGAAGAAGUGACCACCGAAACUGAUGCUUCUUCCACCACUAGCACUGAGGCCGACAGCAUUGUAGUCGUUACCACUGAGGUCUCUGACGUCACCACUGAUGCUGCAACGGAAUCAGAAACCACUGUCGCUUCCACUACUGAGUCUGGCGUCGAAGGAGUGACCACCGAAGCUGAUGCAUCUUCCACCACUGCCACUGAAGCGGACAGCACUGUAGUCGUUACCACUGAGGUCUCUGACGUCACCACUGAUGCUGCAACGGAAUCAGAAACCACUGUCGCUUCCACUACUGAGUCUGGCGUCGAAGGAGUGACCACCGAAGCUGAUGCUUCUUCCACCACUGCCACUGAGGCGGACAGCACUGUAGUCGUUACCACUGAGGUCUCUGACGUCACCACUGAUGCUGCAACGGAAUCAGAAACCACUGUCGCUUCCACUACUGAGUCUGGCGUCGAAGGAGUGACCACCGAAGCUGAUGCAUCUUCCACCACUGCCACUGAAGCGGACAGCACUGUAGUCGUUACCACUGAGGUCUCUGACGUCACCACUGAUGCUGCAACGGAAUCAGAAACCACUGUCGCUUCCACUACCGAGUCUGGCGUCGAAGGAGUGACCACCGAAGCUGAUGCUUCUUCCACCACUGCCACUGAGGCGGACAGCACUGAUGUCGUUACCACUGAGGUCUCUGACGUCACCACUGAUGCUGCAACGGAAUCAGAAACCACUGUCGCUUCCACUACUGAGUCUGGCGUCGAAGAAGUGACCACCGAAACUGAUGCUUCUUCCACCACUACCACUGAGGCUGACAGCAUUGUAGUCGUUACCACUGAGGUCUCUGACGUCACCACUGAUGCUGCAACGGAAUCAGAAACCACUGUCGCUUCCACUACUGAGUCUGGCGUCGAAGAAGUGUCCACCGAAGCUGAUGCCUCUGAUUCAUCCACCACUACCACUGAGGCGGACAGCAUUGUAGUCGUUACCACUGAGGUCUCUGACGUCACCACUGAUGCUGCAACGGAAUCAGAAACCACUGUCGCUUCCACUACUGAGUCUGCUAUUUCCACCACUUCCACUGAGGCGGAUAUUAGUAUUGUCGUUUCUUCUGCUAAGCCUACAGUUACUACUGUCUCAUCGGUUACUAGUACAACAACUUACAAAUCAUCAACAAUGAAGACGUCAACUUCGAGAACUACAACUGCUAAAAUAUCAACGCCUAAAACAUCUACUUCUCAUCCUGGUACGUAUGAAGGAAUUACAGACGCACCUUGCGAUGAAUUUAUUGAUGUUGUCGUUGAUGCUGGAUGUAACGAAGAUGUACUCGAAGAAGUUUCUGAUGCACCUUGUGAUGAAACAACUGAUCUUAUCUUAGACCCUGGUUGUAGUGAAGAUGUAACAGAUUUGUCGCUUAGUUCGUCAACACGUGUUCCUGUAGAAGAUAUAUCUUUGGAGGAUUAUUUGAUAACAACAUCUAAGUCUGUUUCUCCUGAUGAUAUUACGAACGCGCCUUGUGAUGAUACUGCGAACAGCGGUGAAGAUGUUAUUUGCAGUGAAGAUGUUACAGACUCCUCGCUUAGUACUUCAAUUCCUGUUUCUGUUGAAGAUGAGUCUUUUGAACAUAAUGAAACAACAACAGCUAAUUCUGUUUCACUUGAUGGCAUUUCUGAUGCACCUUGUGAAGAAACCGUGGAUGGCAAUGUAGAUACCAGCUGUAUUGAAGAUGUCACGGAUUCUGCACUUAGUACUUUACCUCCUGGUUCUACGGAAGAGGUACCUUUUGAAUAUAAUGAGACAACCACGUCUAAGUCUGUUUCUCUUGAAGAAAUCACGAAUUCGCCUUGUAAUGAAACUGUGUAUGACAAUAUAGAAACUGUUUGUAGUGAAGAUGUUACAGAUUCCUUGCUUAUACCUUCAACUACUAUUUUUGAGGCUGAAGAUAAAGAGACAACAACUUCUAAGACAGUCGCGUUUGAAGAAAUUACAAAUGCACCUUGUGACGAAACAACGGUAGAUAGUCUGGAGGCUGAAUGCAAUGAAGAUAUUACUGAUUCCACAGUAUCAUCUACUUCUGAAAUCACGACCGCUAAAACCGUUUUGGAUGAAGAAGUUACGUUUGGUCCUGAUGAAUCUGAAAUAUCGGAGUCGGUUUCACUUGAAGACAUAACUCAUGCACCCUGUGAUGAAACAGACGAUGCUAGCUUGGAUACUUAUUGUAGUGAAGAUGUAAUAGAGAUAGGUGCUGGUAGUGUUGACGCUAGUUGUAAUGAAGAUGUAACAAAAUCUACAGUCAGUACUGUGAAUCCAAACUCUGUGGAAGAAUUUACUUUUGAAACUUCUACUCACGAUGCAACAACUGUUGAAACAAUUAUAGUUGAAGAUUUUACAUCUCUAGCUGCUGAUGAGACUACUACAUCUGAGUCGGCCUCACUUGAAGAAAUAACUCAUGCACCUUGUGAUGAAUCAGCUGCCGGUAGCUUGGAUGCUUAUUGUAGUGAAGAUGUAACAGAAUCGACGGGUAGUUCCGUAACUCCAAACUCUGUGGAAGAAAUUACUUUUGAAACUUCUACUCACGAUGCAACAACUGUUGAAACAAUUAUAGUUGAAGAUGUUACGUCUGAAGCUGUUGAUUCUGAAACUAAAACAUCUGAGUCUGCCUCGCUUGAGGAAAUAACUCAUGCUCCUUGUGAUGAAUCAGCCGCUGGUAGCGUGGACGCUAUUUGUAGUGAAGAUGUAACAGAAUCGACGGGUAGUUCCGUAACUCCAAACUCUGUGGAAGAAAUUACUUUUGAAACUUCUACUCACGAUGCAACAACUGUUGAAACAAUUAUAGUUGAAGAUGUUACGUCUGAAGCUGUUGAUUCUGAAACUAAAACAUCUGAGUCUGCCUCGCUUGAGGAAAUAACUCAUGCUCCUUGUGAUGAAUCAGCCGCUGGUAGCGUAGACGCUAUUUGUAAUGAAGAUGUAACAAAACCCACAGUUAAUACUGUGAAUCCAAACUCUGUCGAAGAGAAUACCUUUGAAAGUUCUACUCUUGAAGCCACGACUACUCAAUCAAUUAUAGUUGAAGAUGUUACGUCUGAAGCUGUUGAUUCUGAAAUUAAAACAUCUGAGUCUGCCUCGCUUGAGGAAAUAACUCACGCACCUUGUGAUGAAUCAGCUGCUGGUAGCGUUGACGCUAGUUGUAAUAAAGAUGUAACAGAAUCGACGGGUAGUACCGCAAGUCCAAACUCUGUAGAAGAAAUUGCUUUUGAAACUUCUACUCACGAUGCAACGACUAUUGAAACAAUUAUAGUUGAAGAUGUUACGUCUGAAGCUGUUGAUUCUGAAAUUAAAACAUCUGAGUCUGCCUCGCUUGAGGAAAUAACUCACGCACCUUGUGAUGAAUCAGCUGCUGGUAGCGUUGACGCUAGUUGUAAUGAAGAUGUAACAGAAUCGACGGGUAGUACCGCAAGUCCAAACUCUGUAGAAGAAAUUGCUUUUGAAACUUCUACUCACGAUGCAACGACUAUUGAAACAAUUAUAGUUGAAGAUGUUACGUCUGAAGCUGUUGAUUCUGAAACUAAAACAUCUGAGUCUGCCUCGCUUGAGGAAAUAACUCAUGCUCCUUGUGAUGAAUCAGCCGCUGGUAGCGUAGACGCUAUUUGUAAUGAAGAUGUAACAAAACCCACAGUUAAUACUGUGAAUCCAAACUCUGUCGAAGAGAAUACCUUUGAAACUUCUACUCACGAUGCAACAACUGUUGAAAUAAUUAUAGUUGAAGAUGUUACGUCUGAAGCUGUUGAUUCUGAAACUAAAACAUCUGAGUCUGCCUCGCUUGAGGAAAUAACUCAUGCUCCUUGUGAUGAAUCAGCCGCUGGUAGCGUGGACGCUAUUUGUAAUGAAGAUGUAACAAAACCCACAGUUAAUACUGUGAAUCCAAACUCUGUCGAAGAGAAUACCUUUGAAAGUUCUACUCUUGAAGCCACGACUACUCAAUCAAUUAUAGUUGAAGAUGUUACGUCUGAAGCUGUUGAUUCUGAAACUAAAACAUCUGAGUCUGCCUCACUUGAAGAAAUAACUCACGCUCCUUGUGAUGAAUCAGCUGCUGGUAGCGUUGACGCUAGUUGUAAUGAAGAUGUAACAGAAUCGACGGGUAGUACCGCAAGUCCAAACUCUGUAGAAGAAAUUACUUUUGAAACUUCUACUCACGAUGCAACGACUAUUGAAACAAUUAUAGUUGAAGAUGUUACGUCUGAAGCUGUUGAUUCUGAAACUAAAACAUCUGAUUCUGCCUCACUUGAAGAAAUAACUCACGCACCUUGUGAUGAAUCAGCUGCUGGUAGCGUUGACGCUAGUUGUAAUGAAGAUGUAACAGAAUCGACGGGUAGUACCGCAAGUCCAAACUCUGUAGAAGAAAUUACUUUUGAAACUUCUACUCACGAUGCAACAACUGUUGAAACAAUUGUAGUUGAAGAUGUUACGUCUGAAGCUGUUGAUUCUGAAACUAAAACAUCUGAGUCUGCCUCGCUUGAGGAAAUAACUCACGCACCUUGUGAUGAAUCAGCCGCUGGUAGCGUAGACGCUAUUUGUAAUGAAGAUGUAACAAAACCCACAGUUAAUACUGUGAAUCCAAACUCUGUCGAAGAGAAUACCUUUGAAAGUUCUACUCUUGAAGCCACGACUACUCAAUCAAUUAUAGUUGAAGAUGUUACGUCUGAAGCUGUUGAUUCUGAAAUUAAAACAUCUGAGUCUGCCUCGCUUGAGGAAAUAACUCACGCACCUUGUGAUGAAUCAGCUGCUAGUAGCUUGGAUGCUUACUGUAGUGAAGAUAUAACAGAGUCCACUAGUAGUACAACAGUUAGUUUAGCUUCUUUCGAAGAAACAACAUUUGAAUCGUCCACUUCUGAAGCAACGACCAGUAAUGCCGUAACAGAGGAAGACAUUAAUUUUGAAGAAACUACUGUUGAAGUUACCAAUUCUGAAACUACAGUGUCUGAACCAGUGUCAAACGAGCCAAUAACCAAUGCACCGUGUGAUGAAACGAUCAAGAGUACUUCAAACGUUGGUUGUAACGAAGAUGUAACUAAACCUAUUGACAACACUAUGAGUACAGUUCCUGUCGAAGAAAUUACUUUCCACCCAUCUGUUUUCGAAACUACCACUGGUUUGACUGAAGAGAUUUCUCUUGAAACUUCCACAACUGAAUCGACUAGUACAAGUGACAUUAUAUUAGAAAUUAGCUCGGAAGUGUCUUCUACUGAACAGGUUAUAAUCGAUACUCCAGAAUCAGAGUCUACUAAUGAUGAACACCCCACCACUAGUAAUGAAAGACUAACUGAUGACGCAGAAACUACAACUAGUAAUAUAGUCUCAGUUGACGAAGUAACUUAUGAAACAUCUACAGAAAAUGUAACUAGUGAGGACAUUACCACUGAAAUAUCUGAUACUGCAAUUGGAGUAGAAACUGAGCCAUCGGAAUCAGAAGCCGUUGAAGAGACUACCAAAGUUGAAGUCACUACGCCAGUGACAACUGAAGCUGUUGCCACUGAAGCAAUUGAACUGGAUGCAAUUGACUCUUUCUGUGAGGAAGAUGAUAUACCGGUCUUGCGAACAACGACGACGACUACGACCACACAAAAGUCUGUACUUGAUAAAUUAAUUGGUGGCUUAACUUGGUGGUGA